AACUAAAAGAGGAAAAAAAAAAGAUGUAUAUGUGUUAAAGAAACCGAUUUCUCUCUCUAGUACAAAUUGAAUUUUCCCAAUUCAUCCUCCUCCUCGUACGAACCGAACCUCCUCCAAAAGGAUCCCCAAAAACUCUUUCAAUUUCUGUACUACACAAAUCACAAUACACCACCUCCCUUCUUCUCCCCUUUUAUAUACAUUACUCCCCACAAUAUGCUCUUCAUAUUCCCCCUUCUCCACUCCCAAUGCUCCGCUUUCUCUUCCUCCUCCUCCUCCUCCUCCUCCUCUCCUCCGCCGCCGCCCACAGCGGUCACUCCGAUGAGGACGCCGCUCCCGAAGACGGCCCUUCCCCUUCCCCUAACCUCCGCUCCAAACCUCUCAUCCUCGUCAAGAUCGCCUGCCUCAUUCUCAUCUUCUUCGGUACCUUCAUCCCCGGUAUCUCCCCCUGUUUCUUCAAAUGGAACGACGGCUUCCUCCUCCUCGGCACUCAGUUCGCCGGCGGCGUCUUCUUCGGCACCGCUAUGAUGCAUUUCCUUUCCGAUGCUAACGAGACCUUUCGCGAUUUGACUGAUAACGACUAUCCCUUCGCCUUUAUGCUUGCUUCUUCGGGGUUUUUGAUGACCAUGGCCGCGGAUUGUGUGAUUUCCUAUCUCUAUCGCAAACCAACCGCUGAUUCUUCAACCGAUGUUGAACUUGGAGGAGCUGCAACUUCACCCUCAAAGUUUCAGGUCCAAAAUGGCAGCAAUGGGCAUCAUCCACAUCCACACCAAGCCCUCACAACAAUGGGUUCAUUUGGGGACAGCAUUUUACUGAUUGUUGCAUUGUGCUUUCACUCCGUCUUUGAAGGCAUCGCCAUCGGAGUUGCAGAGACCGAAGCCGAUGCCUGGAAAGCCCUAUGGACAAUCUCCCUCCACAAGGUUUUUGCAGCCAUUGCCAUGGGCAUUGCUCUCCUCCGAAUGAUCCCAAACCGUCCUUUGUUGUCGAGUGCUGCCUAUUCCUUUGCCUUCGCCAUCUCGAGCCCCAUUGGCAUUGCAAUUGGAAUCGUAAUCGAUGCCACGACACAAGGUGCGGUGGCAGAUUGGAUAUUUGCAAUCUCAAUGGGGCUGGCUUGUGGAGUGUUCAUUUAUGUGUCCAUAAACCAUCUGCUUUCGAAGGGAUACACCCCUAGGGAUUCAGUAGUUGUGGAUAAUCCAAAUUACAAGUUUCUUGCUGUGCUUUUAGGAAUUGGAGUUAUAGCUAUUGUGAUGAUUUGGGACACUUGAUUCUCAAAAUAUAAGAACAGUGAAUAGGGCUUUAGUUUGUUAUGUAAAGUUCAAGAGUUUUUGUUU